ACUGAGUUUUCUGUCAUAAGCGUAGCUUACGCUUUCUUCUACUCUAACCAUUGUUAAGGUGGAGAAAUUGCCCUCACCACUUCGAUGGGAGGAAGAAACGGUGAUGACGUUGCAAUUGAGAUUGAAAGGAUGUUGGAAAAGGCAGAACCGCUUUUUACAAAUGAAAAUUGCGUCUACCGUGUGCCCAAUGAAAUCCGCAAAUUAAAGAAAGAUGCAUACACUCCAAAGGUUAUUUCAAUUGGCCCUUUUCACUAUGGUGACAAAAGGCUGCAAAAUACGACAAGUCUUAAACAGAUAUAUUGCCAAAAAUUCAUCAAAAGAGCAGGGACAACCUUGGACAAUUUGGUCAGCUGCGUGCGUGACUUAGAGCCAAAAAUUCGUCGGUGUUAUUCAGAGAAAAUUCAGCUUAGCUCCGAGGGAUUUGUGAAAUUGAUAUUAGUGGAUUGCUGCUUCAUAUUUGAGUUUUUCAUGAGGUACACUACUCAUGAAUGGACACACGAUGAUCACGCUAUGCCAUUAAAACCUUGGUUGACAAGUAAUAUAAGAUUGGACUUAUUAUUACUCGAAAAUCAACUUCCUUUCUUCGUUCUGGAAAAGAUCUACAAUGAGGCUUUCACCUCUAGGCUUAACCAUACUCACCCUUCAUUUUUGGAGCUCACUUUUGAAUUUUUUGAUGAUUAUAACACACUGAAAUUGAAACCCAAUUUUACCAUAGAACACUUCACUGAUCUGAUCAGAACAUUUCACUUGCAACCGCGCGAUAGACGACCUUCAAGACGAGGUGAAACAGUUAUGCAACUUGACAGUGCAAUAGAGUUAAGUGAAGCAGGUGUAAAGUUGAUAGUGAAUAAGAAAAGCAAUUGCUUGCUAGACUUGGAAUUUUCAGAGAACUGUCUUGAAAUUCCGGAGUUUAAAGUGGAGGAUUGGACUGAAAUAUUGUUUAGGAAUAUGGUGGCUUUGGAGCAAUGUCACUAUCCUGAUGAAUCCUACAUCACUGAUUAUGUUGUUGUCUUAGAUUUCCUAAUUAACACAGGAAAGGAUGUGGAUUUGUUGGUUCAGAAAGGAAUAAUUAGUAAUUGGAUAGGUGAUAGCAAUGCUGUGGCUAAACUGUAUAAUGGCCUAUGGAAAAAUAUCAUCCAAGUGAAUUUUAAUUCACAUUAUCUUGGCAUUUGUCAAGAGUUGAAUGCGUACUGCAAACAUCCUUGGCACAGAAGAAAGGCAACAUUGAGACGUGAUUAUUGCAAGACUCCAUGGCAAACGGUUGCUUCUGCUGCUGCAAUUAUACUUCUUGUUCUUACCAUUAUUCAAACUGUCUGUUCAAUUCUCCAAGUUGUGCAACAAUAGGUUAGUGCUUAGUUUAAGGUGCUUCUAGUAGUGCUUCUUGUUCUUACCAUUUUAUGUUUGCAUGUUUCCAAUUUUAAGUAUCUGAAUGGUUCGUGCACUCCUUUCUCACUUUGUAUUAAUAAGGUUAUAUUUGUUUGUAACUAAUGGUGAAGAUGAGUCUAACAUUG